CGGCCUCACGGCGGCCGGAAGUGCCAGUGGUGGGCGGUGGGUGCGGGUUCGCUGCCGGCCCGAGCGCGCCCAUCGCGUUCCUCUCCCGCUUCCCCACGGCCCCGCCAGGUCUCCUCACCCGUCCCUGCCAUGCACCCCCGGCGCCCCGACGGCUUCGACGGCCUCGGCUACCGCGGGGUGGGCCGCGACGAUCUGGGCCCCGGCUCCAGGCCCUUCAGCGGCUCUGAGCUGGGCCCCUGGGUAACCAGCCCGCCCGACAUCCCCGGCAGCCGCAAUCUGCACUGGGGCGAGAAGACGCCGCCAUAUGGGGCCGGGACCCCUCUGGGCGGCGCCGGCCCCAACGAGGAGGCCAACAUCGGGGCGGGCGGCCCCGGCGCCGAGCAGUUGAACAGAUUUGCUGGCUUUGGUAUUGGCCUUGCAAGCCUAUUUACAGAAAAUGUGUUGGCACAUCCUUGCAUUGUUCUCCGUCGUCAAUGUCAGGUUAACUAUCAUGCACGGAAUUAUCAUCUCACUCCAUUUACUAUUGUCAAUAUCAUGUACUGCAUUAAUAAGACACAGGGUCCAAGAGCUCUCUGGAAAGGAAUGGGCAGCACUUUCAUUGUUCAGGGCAUAACCCUGGGAACAGAAGGCAUCAUCAGUGAAUUUACACCUUUGCCAAGGGAACUUUCACAUAAAUGGAACUUCAAACAGAUAGGUGGACACCUUUUACUCAAAGGGUUAACACAUGUGAUAGCAAUGCCUUUUUAUUCUGCGAGCCUGAUUGAAACUGUACAGAGUGAAAUAAUUCGUGACAAUCCUGGCAUCCUGGACUGCGUGAAAGAAGGAAUUGGCAGAGUUGUAGGCUUGGGUGUACCCCAUAGCAAGCGUCUCCUUCCUCUGAUGGUCUUGAUUUUUCCAACUGCUCUACAUGGAGUUCUUCAUUAUGUCAUCAGUUCCGUUGUCCAGAAGCUGGUUUUGUUUGUCUUAAAAAGGGAUAAUUCCCACAACYUUCCAACUGAGAGCUCCACUUCUGUGCAGAGCAUGCUGGAUGCAUAUUUUCCAGAACUUAUUGCUAGCUUUGCUGCUAGCCUUUGUGCUGAUGUCAUGCUUUACCCACUGGAAACAGUUUUGCACCGCCUUCAUAUUCAAGGGACACGCACAAUAAUUGACAAUACAGACCUUGGCUAUGAAGUGCUUCCAAUCAAUACUCAGUAUGAGGGAAUGAAAGACUGCAUAAAUACUAUAAAACGGGAAGAAGGAAUGCAAGGUUUUUAUAAAGGAUUUGGAGCUGUUAUAGUACAGUAUACCUUGCAUGUGGCAGUUUUGCAGCUUACAAAAAUUAUUUACUCAACACUGCUUCAAAAUGUUUCUUAGUGUGUCCAGGUCUGGAUCUAGUACAUUGGACAUGAUUGACUUGCUAACCUAGUUAUUGUUUAAAAUGGCUUAGAAAAUGAACUUGUAGAACAACUUGUUUUAAAAAUGGGGAUAUAGUUUCCGAAGUGUAAUUAAAAAAGGACUGUUUAGAAAUUACAGCCACAAAUUGAGUAUGUCRUAUGCAGUCAUAAAAAGGGGAUCAGCUUUCUAAUGUGAUUGCAUUGAGGAUUUACUUUUCCUCUCACCAGUUCACUACCUUAGGAAUGAAUAUGAAUUGUGAGUAUCUGCUUCAUAAGCAUCGCAUCUGAUAUUUAAUAUGGACUGAUAGCUAACUCAAAGGAAUUUAUUUUCUUAAGUUGUAAGAAUUUGCAAGUAGGGGACUGAUGGCUUUACUGGUCUUUUAAAAAUGUUUCCAACUUCAUUAUUACUGGAACUGUGAGUAAAAUAGAAACUGUAAAAGUAACUUAAGUAGACUUAAAUGUUAUCAUUUACAGGUUCAGAGAAGACUUAUUUUGCUGCAGUGUGGGAAGAGAUGACAAAGGGGAAUCUUUUGCUUUGUAUAAAAACAAUGAAAAAUGGGUUUUGGGCAAAGUUGCACAGAAUGCAAAUUUGGCUGUCUUGCAGUUUGUUUGCAAGGCUUACAAUAAGUACAUGUGUGAAUAAAGCAAAAUAGAAACUGAUGUGUGCAUGUGUAAGUGCCAUUUUUAGUUGGCUUUCCACUGAUAAUUUCAGGGUGUAGUUUUACUCUACUACUCCAUGUGAGAGUAUAAUAAUCAUGCAAAUCUGUGUUGUAGUAGUAGCUGUGUUCAAAGUGUACAGAAAGCCUAAAAAAACAAUUGGCUGUUCCUAGAGUUUCUCUUCUGUUAGAUCAGAUGGCUGUAUAUAAAAUUGUCUUCUUACUAUUUAGCACUGAUGUCUGUCAUUUAGUCUCUGCUAGAUUAAAUACUUGUGGAGCAGAGCUAAGUCUGUUUAUGUACAAGGGAUCCACUGAAAUAUUUCAUUUUUGCUCUCUCCCCUUUCAAACUCAUGCUGAAAAUUACUUUUAAAAAUUCUAAAUAAUUUAGUCCAUAGUUUCAUCAAUAAAUACGGGGGGUGGGGUGAUUGGUUUUUUAGCAAAUAAAACAAGCAUGUGGAAAGUCACUUUUAAAAUAUGAGAAUCUGCUGCUUUUUUCACAUUCAUGUGACAARUCUGUUUUUGUGAAUGCUGUAAAUUGAUCUGCAUUUUAAUCAUUAAUCAUUGUGUAGUUAUCACUUACGGAAAGCAGUCAUGGUAAAAUAAUGCAAAGAUGUUGCUGUUCAUGAGUUCUGACCGCAAAUCAGGUCUACUUUAUUAUUAAUCUAACUGUCAUGUAUUUUAAAUGCUUAAGUGUUGAAGUGGAAAGUAUAGUGAACUUGGGAACUGGUUUAUUUGGAAAUAUUGUUUAUGGCAAAUUUAGUGUAUAGUAUGUGAAAUAAAAUGAGAAUUCACUGUAAGUAUUAUAAAGGAAUUCACCAAAGAGGCAUGUAAAGGAAUCCUGUUUUAUGUGUUAUGUUUUACUGUGUAGGCUCCAGAGUGGCAUUUUCAAGUUCCUCAACUUUCGUAAGUGCAAGAACAUGUUGAAUUAAACUACAUGCAAGAGCUUGGGUAAAAUACUCAGUUCCUCGGUUGGUUUCUUUUAAAGUCUCUGUGAGUAUCAAGACAGCCAUGCCAGAGAAUCAUCCAGAUUGGAAACGACGUUAGCAUGUUAUCCAAAUUUCUGCUCUAAGCAAGGAUUACAUUGACUUGYCCGUGCCCCUGUCCAGUCAACUUUUAAAAUCUGACUCUUAUUACGUAAACCUUGCCUUUUCAAACAUGUUAAAUUUAACUUAGGCAACAAUUCUAUCCAAAUUGCCUUGGAGCAGUAACUAAGUUUAUCUUGCAGUCUGACAUAUGCAGAUGUAUCUGUGAAAUUGAUCAAUCCUGUUUCUCUAGGAAUAGAAUUCUAGGGCAUUUUGCCAUGUGAAAUGGAGGACUUAGAGAUGGAAGAUGAGAUCUCAAGAGUGGUACUAGAGACUGUGAUAUAAUAUUUUUUAUGUCAAAGACUUGCUUUCAUUACUGACAGUUUUACGGUUGUAGUUUUGGUUCUCAGAUCUGUGACUUUAGGCAGAGUGAGAAAGAAUGCUGUCAGUAUAAAGCAGCUGUUCUGUGGUGGAAAAAACCUUUUGCUUUGGGCUAUUCUAUUUUGGUCCUGCUCCCAUCAGUUAGAAUGAACAUGUUUAGAUUUUUUUGUGUAUACUUUCUGUAUCUUCCAAAACACGUAACACUGUCCAGAGUUGCUGGGUUUUUGCCCAUGCAAAAAUGUAAAUGAGUAUGGGCUGUAAAAGCUAAUUCCAACCUUUUUAAUCAUAACUUUUUCUGGUUUUCAUUUGGGUCUCAGGUACUCAACUUUUAGCUCACACAAAUGAUCAGUGUGUGGGUUCAGCAAGAGGUGCCAUUGAAAACUACAAAAUAUGGAACUGGCUGUAGAAAUAGGUUGUGGAACAUGAACAAUUUCUAUGCACACUCAUGCCUGAUACAAUUUUUUGUACCUUGCUUUUCUUACUACUAUUUUUUUCUUCGCUCUUUCAAGAAGAGAGCUGAUUUCAAGGAGGUAAGUGUUGCUGAAGAAAGACAGACUCUAAUGUUUCCCUCCAGUGAAGAAUUACUUGGCUUCUUAUCCAUCUCUUGCAAGGAAAGCAUUCAUGUGUACUAACUGAUAACAGACUGACAACAGGCAUGGAACUUUGGGCUAUGAGGCCUCUUGGAAACAGGCAAAUGUCUACCUC